AUGGAUCAUCUUCCUUAUUUUUUAAAACGAUACGAUCUUGAUCUUCAACCUAGUAGUUCAAAUUGUAUUGAUAUUGAAUCGGCUAAAUCUAUUUUAUAUCCUGGUGCUCAUAUUGCCACUUCAAAUCCUUAUGAACAUUAUCAUCAUGGGAUUGUUGUCGAUACGAAUACACCUGAUAUAUCCAUUAUUCAUUUAUGGGGUCCUGACAAACAAUCAGGUCGUGUUCAAACUACUACUUUGCCAAUAUUUAUUGCUGGUAGUAUCGAUAAUGUAGGCAAAAGAACACGUCGUCUUUAUUUAGUCAAUUAUGAUGAUGAUACUUCGAACAAACAACAGGAAACAGUUAAAGUAGCAAAAGAAAUGCUUGCAAAAGCUGAUGAUAUUGUAUAUGACAUAGCUACUUUAAAUUGUGAAAGUUUUGCUUGUUUUUGUCGAACCGGAAAAUGGAACAGUGAACAAAUCGAAAAAAUUUCGAAUUUACUCAUACAAAAUGCUUUAGAAAUCUAUGAAACAGUGAAAGAUGCUGAUGAAAAAAAUACACAGAACAUUUCUUCACUAUUACAAGUCAUUCCAUCGGAUGCUUUAAAUCAAUCGGAAAAAGAAUUGUAUGAUCAACUUUGUCAACAUUGUCAUAAUGAAAAAUCUGAACAAUAA